UCCAGCUGCUGCUGCCUGGGGCUUCAGUGACUUCCUCGUUGUCAGCCCCAGCCGGGCAGCGUUCGGAGUUGUAGCCCCGCUGUCCUUACUGGGACCGCUAGCCCGAGUCUAGGUAGCAGCCGCAACCCGGCGCGUCGGUUCCCCUUUGGUCACAGGUCCUUUCCCCGCACGCCCCGCGCUCCCUGACAUGCCCAAUCCCAGCUGCGCCUCCUCUCCCAACCCCCUCCCAGAGGAAAUUAGGAACCUGUUGGCAGAUGUUGAAACAUUUGUAGCAGACACACUGAAGGGAGAGAAUUUAUCGAAGAAGGCAAAGGAAAAGAGAGAAUCCCUUAUUAAGAAGAUAAAAGAUGUAAAGUCUGUCUAUUUUCAGGAAUUUCAAGACAAAGGUGAUGCAGAAGAUGGGGAAGAAUAUGAAGACCCUUUUUCUGGGCCACCAGAUACUAUUUCAUUAGCUUCAGAAAGAUAUGAUAAAGAUGAUGAAGCCCCCUCUGAUGGAAACCAGUUUCCUCCAGUUGCAGCACAGGACCUUUCUUUUGUCUUAAAGGCAGGCUACCUUGAAAAACGCAGAAAAGAUCACAGCUUUCUGGGAUUUGAAUGGCAGAAACGGUGGUGUGCGCUCAGUAAAACAGUGUUCUAUUAUUAUGGAAGUGACAAAGACAAACAACAGAAAGGAGAAUUUGCAAUAGAUGGCUACAGUGUCAGAAUGAACAACACUCUUAGAAAGGAUGCAAAGAAAGAUUGCUGUUUUGAAAUCUCUGCUCCUGAUAAGCGUAUCUAUCAGUUUACAGCAGCUUCUCCCAAAGAUGCUGAGGAAUGGGUACAACAUCUGAAAUUUAUAUUACAAGAUAUGGAAUCAGACAUUAUUCCUGAGGAUGAUGAUGAAAGAGGGGAAUUAUAUGAUGAUGUUGAUCAUCCUUUACCAGUCAGCAUUUCACCAGCAAAAUGUCAACCAAUUGAUGAUGAAAUUUAUGAAGAACUUCCAGAAGAGGAAGAGGACAGGGCUCGCGUGAAAGCGGAGGAACAAAGGAAGACGAGCCUGGACAGUGUCCACCCCACAGCAGGAGACAAAAGCACUGAUUAUGCUAAUUUUUACCAGGGUUUGUGGGACUGCACAGGGUCUCUUGCUGAUGAAUUAUCAUUUAAACGUGGUGAUGUAAUUUAUAUUCUUAGCAAGGAAUACAAUAGAUAUGGCUGGUGGGUAGGAGAAAUGAAGGGAGCCAUUGGCUUGGUGCCGAAAGCCUACGUGAUGGAGAUGUAUGAUAUUUGAGAGUCCUGGAAAAGGAAGACUCUUCUGCUGGCCUGCAAAUGCUUUGGAUUUAGAAUCAUCGUGAACACACGAGCAACAGCUUAUCUUUCUUUGUUUUGUUGAAUAUUGUUCAUCUUCACCAUUAUUUUAUGCUUUCAUUAUAAUAAAUCUCUUAUGUGAAAUUAAAUGAAGGAUAUGAAUGUAAAUUAGAUGCAAGCAGCAAAGUUAUACCUGUUGCUAUUUUGAGAAGAAAUAAUUGCAUUUUUUAUGUACUCGUUCGGUUUGUGUAAAGAAGUCAGCCCUGUUUUAUAGGUACUGCACAGUCUGCUACUUCCAGUAGACGUUGUAAUUUCUUUUUAAUAUUGGACAUCAAUUUAUUUUAAGAAUGUAAUAUAUAAUUUCAUAGAAAUUUUAAUUGAAUAAAUCAUAAAAUGUUUUGGUAGAUGUUACCUAAAAGACAUAGCUUUAUUAAAACUUUGUAGAUGAUCUAUUAUAUUUUUCAUAUAAUAAUCACAUGUCUUCAUGGAGGAAUGCUGCUGAUUAACGAAUUUGUUUUAUGCUAUACAGAGCCACAAGAAAGAAAAAAACAGAAACUACAUCUCCUCUUUCCUAUGCUGUGGCUCUGCGUGACAUAGCAGCAUGUGUGCAGACCAGACACGGUUUGUGCAAAGCUCUUAUCAAUAACAUAUCUGACGAUGGCUUGCCAGCAUGUUCUACUGUAGUUUUGUUUGAAUUUAAUAAAAUUAGAAACUCAUAAGAAAUUCCAUCUGCCGCCACGCUAAUGGCAUAGAGAAUCUCAGUAUGUUCUCAGACUAAGCCAGCACUCUCUAGUCCCGCCUGUCCUUUGCUGGCUCUGCCUGUCUCACCCCAGCAGAGUAAAACUCCAGCGCUGAGUCCCUACACUUCUCCGGGCAGUGAAAGACAGAGACAGCUCAGACGAGAGAGAGUGGAAAUCCCAGUGGGACAUGGACAAGAGGUGAGAGGGAGGUAGAUUAACUUGACAUUGUAGCAAGAUUUGCAGAAUUUUACCAUUAUCUUUUCAUGUAUAUUUGAAGUGAAAGGUAUUUUAAAUGCCUGCGAGGUACCAAUGUAGCCUUAAUAUAUAUCAAGUGCACUGCUGAUUGGAUAAUUAUUUGGAGUAGAUUUAAUCUCUUGAUAUUGAAUCAUUGGCUAGGAGCUGCUACCUUUGUUGAAUUUUCUGAUCUCUGCUUUAUAAAGGUAAAGGCUCUUGCUGUGCAGAUAAGCUAAUCAUGUUACUUAUAUAAAACUUUUGCAAGAGACAUUUCAGAGCGUGUGUUUUCCCAUUAGCCCUCGGUGCUAUGGCCACCUGAUUUCGGGCGCAAAAGAAUGUUAACUUCAGUGACGGUGGAUAAACUUCAAUGUAGAUAAAUUAAUUUCUGACAGCGUAAAGCUGUCAGAAAAUGGUUUGCAUGCUCGUUACUCUUUUCCUAAGGUUGAGUCAUUGGAGUAGUUUUGAUGUCAUUCUGACAAGAGUGAGACAACCAGAGAGGGAUUUAACAGACUGGUUUUCAAAGCCUGACAAGUUGGAAAGCAAAAGCAGUUGUGGUUUCCACUGAAAAUGUAGACUUGGCUGCUGGUGGAUGCAGGUUUCCUGCUUCUGAUUUAAGUGAAGAUUCUAGGCCUGGGCCAGUAGAUGGCAGCAGCUUUUCAUUGCUUAUCCAACCACUUGAGCCUCCCCUCCCCCACUCAGGCACAAACUCCCAGGGAAUGUAAAACAUUCAGAAGAUUUCUGCCUACUUUUACAGUUAAUCCAGGAGAGGGAGUCCUUUGCCAACUGAUGACCAACACUUCCAAGCCAGAUAGUCUCUCUGUGAAUGGUGGCAAUACAGAAAUAAAGUGUUACUUUUGCCCAGAGCUCUUCUGGUCUUUGUUCUUUUUAAACUUGAAUCUAAGUGGGAUUUAUGAGAGGAAAGAUAUAAAAAUUGGCGUGACAAGGAAAAAAUAAUUUCUUUCAAUAUGUAACGAUUCUACAUAUUUCAUUCAUUUGGAAAAAUCGUUUUGUAUACUUCCAGGGAGAAAGUUUUCUUUAUACCCUUGACAAUAUCUCAUGCACUCUUCAAGUUCAUAAUAAUAUCAUUAAUGUGAAUUUAAACAACAUGCCUUGUUAGAAAAUAUGCUAAUUGUUACAUUCUCAUUAUGUUUGCUUAGCUUUUAUUUGUUUUUCUAUGAACAGUUAGAGAGCUAAUUUUUUUCAAAGGUGAUUGUAAGUCAUAUUUUAUAUAGCAUUUUGCUUGAUUAUUUGCUCUGUACUGAAUUUGUACUCUAUUGCCAUUAGAUCUUACAAUAAUGUUCCACUCUGCAAAUUUUUAAGGUUCAAAUAAAGUUUAAUUGUU